GCGCCGCAACAGAGUAACUUGUGUAAUUUUGCGCAUUCUUAUUUAUCGAUCAUGUUGGCAGACAGACUGUAUGAGAUAUCUGUGAGUCUGGGAGAGAUAGUAGACCGAAUGAAUACAAAUUUGCGCAAAUACAACGAGUAUUGUUUGGAGAAGACGAAUGAACUUAUUCAGAAUCUUUAUGACAAGAAUAAGGAACAUUUGGAGAUAUACAGACGUCUAGAGAGGCGGUCCGUGGAUUCCGCUGAAGUUUCAAGAACUAUAGACGUUCUAAGAGAAAAGAUAGAACAAUCAGGCAAUGAGGAGACCAUUGCGAGACUGGAGUUAGAGACCCGGUACUGGAACAAAAGAAUGAGGGACUUCAACGAGAUCGCCACCAUCCUUAUUAAGAUCCGUAUGGAACAAUACAAGUUACAACAGGACCUGGAUGAUUAUAGAACUAUAACGUGCAAGGACUUACCCGGCACGAAGACCAUUUGCUUCGAUAUGAUAGGCGAGAAUUUGAGAGAGAGGCUUACGUACCUUCAGGGAAAAGAGCUGGAUAUGGCCAGGACCCUUAUAACGUAUUUCUGUGUUCGAGGAACAAAUCGCAUCCUAUACACGGACAGUGUCGGCUCGUACUACUGCGAUGAGUUCAACCAUCAGAACUACAUCACUAACUUUGGACUCAAGUAUUUCCAUGUCAACUGCUACGGAGACUUUCUGGAGAACUUGGAGACAGAACCGUACUACUUUGACGAACACGGUCGUUAUGUCAUAAGAGAGGGUGAGAAGUUCCACCAGUGUGCGCCCUGCACCAGUCUGUACAAGAUGGGCGAUGAUGGACUCUUCAAAAAGGUCACUAAGGACUGCGGUCAUUCUGAGAGAGCCAAUCCUAAUUGUCGACUGGAGAUCAAGGACUUGACUGAUGUGGUCAUAUUGCCUAAGAAUGACCAUAUUGAUAUUACUGGAACUCUGGACGGUGAUUCAGUGAAGUUCCUAUGGGACAGCUUCGGUAUGAUACUGCCUGAAGUAUUGUACGCAGUCGCCACGAAACAGCCUAAGAACCCUAUACAUUUCAUGGCUCAUAUACUGAUCAAGCGCAGGUUCGAAGCGACCAAGCAGGAGUUUGAUAAGCUGGCGAAGAAGGCUGACAAAUACCGCACUAAAUUCCACGAGGAACGCAAACAAAAAGCCAAGGAAGAGAGACAGGCAUGGAAAUCCAAGUUGAUAAAAUAUGCUAAGGCUGGCGAACUGGAUGAUACUCACCAACAACGAACCACCAUGCAAAGAGUGCAUGAUUUAGAGUACCUUAGCUUCUUAGAACAAUAUUAUUAGAAGAUUUUAAAGUUGCGUUGGGUCACCCUAAAAUAUAAACGCGAAAUAUACGGUAAUUUAAAUAGAUGGUAUGAAAAAUCCAUUUUGAAUACUUAGCACAGGGUAUAUGAUACUUAAGACAUGUCUAUAGACUGACAAGUGUUGAAAACUGGCCCUUAAGUCUAAAUUAAGAUACAAUGUAACAAUAAAUAUACUGUGUUAAUGUAUGAUAAUAAAAUCGAAAAUGCAUCUGCCAUCUCAAUCGAAUAUCAAGUGUAUUUUGAAAAGGGAUUAGCCCAAUGCAACUUAUGCAGCCAUAAAAUUAUGUAGUUGUAAUUAGGUAGAUCAAUGAAUCAUUUAUUUGCACUCAAAACAUUAUUUUUUUAGGAUAUUUUGUUAUAAAAUCUGUUUAUUUUUG